AUGCGAUGGCGGUCGGUGGUGCUGGGGCUGCUGCUGCUGCGGCUCGGGCUGCAGGCGCUGCUGGCGCUGCUGCCCGCGCUGGCCCGCGGGCUCUGCCUGCACCCGCGCCUGCCCUGCCCCGGCCCGCGGCCGCCAGCGCUGCCCGGCCUGCCUGCGAGCGCUGCGGGCCGCGGGGCCCGGCUGUGGGGCGCGGCGGCGGGCGGCGAUGAGUACGAGCGGCGCUACAGCGGCGCCUUCCCGCCGCAGCUGCGGGCGCGGCUGCGGGACGCGGCCCGGGGCAUGUUCGUGUUCGGCUACGACAGCUACAUGGAGCACGCCUUCCCCCGCGACGAGCUCGACCCGCUGCACUGCCGCGGCCGCGGGCCCGACCGCCGCGACCCCUCCAACCUGAACAUCAAUGAUGUGCUGGGGAACUACUCCCUGACGCUGAUCGACGCGCUGGACACGCUGGCGGUAAUGGGAAACUCCUCCGAAUUCCAGAAGGCAGUGAAGUUGGUGAUUGACACAGUUUCAUUUGACAAAGACUCAACAGUCCAAGUUUUUGAGGCAACAAUCAGGGUUUUGGGAAGCCUGCUGUCUGCCCACAUCAUCAUUACAGACACCAAGCAGCCCUUUGGUGACAUGACCAUAAAGGAUUAUGACAAUGAGCUGCUGCACUUGGCUCAUGACCUGGCAGUGAGGCUGCUGCCAGCCUUUGAGAACACCAAAACUGGCAUUCCCUAUCCUCGGGUGAACCUGAAGAAGGGGGUUCCUCCAGACAGCCACAAUGAGACCUGCACAGCAGGAGCUGGGUCAUUGCUGGUGGAGUUUGGGAUCCUCAGCAGGCUGCUUGGAGAUUCCACGUUCGAGUGGGUGGCCAGGAGAGCUGUGAAGGCCCUGUGGAGCCUCAGGAGCAAUAACACUGGACUGCUGGGAAAUGUUGUGAAUAUCCAGACUGGUCACUGGGUUGGAAAGCAGAGUGGACUGGGAGCAGGGUCAGAUUCGUUCUAUGAGUACCUGCUGAAGUCCUACAUCCUCUUUGGGGAAAAGGAAGACCUGGACAUGUUCAACUCUGCUUAUCAGAACAUUCAGAACCACUUGAGGAGAGGCAGGGAGGCCUGCAAUGAAGGAGAAGGGGACCCUCCCCUCUACGUCAACGUCAACAUGUACACGGGCCAGCUGAUGAACACCUGGAUUGACUCUCUGCAGGCCUUCUUCCCUGGGCUGCAGGUGUUGAUAGGAGAUGUGGAAGAUGCCAUUUGCCUCCAUGCCUUCUAUUAUGCCAUCUGGAAGCGCUAUGGGGCUCUCCCAGAGAGGUACAACUGGCAGCUGCAGGCCCCAGAUGUUCCCUUCUACCCACUGAGGCCAGAGCUCGUGGAGUCCACGUAUCUUCUGUACCAGGCCACAAAGAACCCAUUUUACCUUCAUGUGGGAAUGGAUAUUCUGCAGAGUUUGGAAAAAUAUACAAAAGCAAAGUGUGGCUAUGCCACGUUGCACCACGUGGUGGAGAAGACCAAGGAGGAUCGAAUGGAGAGCUUUUUCCUCAGUGAAACCUGUAAAUAUUUGUACCUGCUGUUUGAUGAAGAGAACCCAGUGCACAGGUCUGGGAAUAGGUUCAUGUUCACUACUGAGGGCCACGUGGUGUCUGUGGACGAGCGGUUCCGGAGCUCGCUGUGGGAGGACAUCCUGCCUGCAGGGGAGGACAGCCUCAAAGCCAAACCCUCCGAGCUCAAGGCAGCCAACUUCAGCUCCAACUGUAACAGAGUCCCUGAUGAGAGGAGGUACCUGCUGCCCCUGAAGAGCAACUACAUGAGACAGAUCGACAGAAUGGUGGGACUGAUCUGAGGGACUCUGCAGGGGAACCUGGGGGAGCUUGGCAUCCUCUGCAGACAUUCCUCCCCUUCAGCUGCUGCCUGCAAGGCUGGGUCCCCAGGUGUCCCCCAGGUGUCCCCCAGGUGUCCCCCAGUGUCCCUGGGCCUGUGGCCAGCCCUGGACACCAAGGAGAUGGAGCUCAGUCCUCUGAGCUGGGGUAACCUCCAGUGCCACCUGAACAACCAGCUCUUGUUUCAAGACUUCCUAUGAGAAAUGUUGUUGCAAAUGAAGGCUGAAUCUAUUGUAAAAGAAAAAGAAGGCAAAUUGGCCUGUGCCACUUAGCUACCUCCUUGUAGCUAUGUUACAAAUGUCCCUCUAGAGCAGGGUCUGCUAUUUAAUUUGAAAUGAUCUCGGGGCUUGGGGAAGGAGUGGGGAAGUGCAAUUUUUUACACCAAGUUGAAUUAUUGAAUUUUUCUGACUAGCAAUACACAACCUAAAGGUCUACUCAGGUAGGAACCCACUGGGUUUGCUGAAACAAAACUGCUCUGUGUACUCUUGGAAAGAUCACUGCUGGUGGUGUAAGAGCUGCUGGUAGAGUGUGACAUCCCUCCCAGCCACAGCUGAUAAAGCUGCAGGGCUGUGAGAGCCUGUGGCUGCAGAAACCAGUGGUCAAACCAAUCCAGGUGCCUUUUUGGAAGGGAAGGGGGAAUUGCAGCGCCACUCAGGCAGAAGUUCCCAAAGUUUCCUUGUUUGCCAAGUUUUCGUGCCUUUUCAGGAGAGAUGCUGCUAAGAACUGCUGUCACAGUACAUGAAGAACAAACUAUUUGACAUUCCUGACAGGAUUCAUGUGUUAGUGCCUUAAGUUCUCUUCACUACCAGGGAAAACAGAGCUUCCUUGGGAAGAUGGAAAAGUAUUUCUGAUGAGCGGGUUGCAAAAUACAGUGGAACCCAAAGUCACUUAAAAAGAGGUGUUUGGAGUUUUUUUGAAGAUACUGGAAAAAUAUCUAUGAACUUUCAGGAAGAAGGCAGUUAAGGGCUUGAGGGAUGACAACAAACUGAGGCCAAAACAACUAUUUUAAAUAUACCAAGUUGGUUUUUUUUUUUGGUGGUUGUUUAUAUACUUCUAGCUUUUGACUACAGUUGAAGUAGUAGAAUGUUAUUUUUGGGUUAAUGACUUUUAAAUUGAGGCAUAAAUACGAGGGCAACUUGAUCUGCUGUAUUUUCACCUUCUUACAACAACAUUGGUUUUCAUAAACCACGUGUUGCAACUCAAAACAUUUCUAAUAAAUAUGAAGUUUGUGCUGGAGAGGUUAUUGUUGGAAUCUUUUAAUAUACAGAUGCAUCUCAGGGACUUUGUUGUAGAAUCUUCUAUUCCAUGAUAGUUGAAUCUUGUAUUCAGGCAAAAAAAAUAAUCUUAGUCUUCUUAGUGUUAUUCUGUGUGUUUGAGGAGGUGAAGGGUUGGAGGGGGAGAGGGAAAUAGGUUAAAAUUUCCCAAGAUAUUGCAAUAGAAUGGGUUGCCUUGGUGUUUGAGGCAGCUGGUGAUUCCAGCUCCUGUGGCAUUGGCUUUGCCAAAGGUGUUUCUGGAGUGUCUGAGUUGUCUGAAAGGGAAAGCAGGAAUUGGAGGUGGUGUGAUGCAGAGAGGUGUUGGCAGAGGGCCAGGCAGUGCUGCCAGUGCAGGGUGAGGAGGGCAGGAGGAUGGCAGGGGCAGAGCUCUGGGCUCUCAGAUGCUGCUCCUGGGCCAGCUGGGCUCAUCCAGCCCUGCAGUGAGCAGAGGUGGGGUGGGAGCCCAGCCCAGCAUCCCACACUGGCUGGGUCAGCUCACAGGGUGGGCAGCACGUGGGGAUGGCCAGGACACCAGGAAGGACAGGACAGACACACCCCAAGGGUAGUGAUGGCUUUUCCUGCUCCAGGUUUGUCCCUGGCUCCCAGUUUAGCUCCCUGGGUGUGACUCUGGCCACUCUCCCUGUGAUUGUGCUGUCUGAACUCCUGAACCCAGGGGAGGGUCCCAGCCCAGCUCUGUGCACAGAAUCCAUUCCAGAGCUUUCCAGAGAGAAUUCAUUCCAGGGCUGUGAGGAAGUUGCACAACUGCUUUGCCAUUGGGUUUUCCUUGUGAUUGCCAGGAAUAGUGAAAGGUGGUUGAGAAUGAGAGCAGCCCAGACAGGAAUUGCAGCCUUCCAGGCAAACAUGCUCAGCUUCCCUUGGGAAUUGCUGUGGAAUUUCUGCUGCCAGGUGAUGUGACAGUCAUCUUUCCAUAGGAAUGCUUUUAUCCUCACAGAAGCUGCUGGUAAAAGACUCUGUUCCUUCAGGAGCCAACUUUUCUUCCUCUUUGUUCUAAAACUGCUUGGAUACGUUUUUACUCUGUAAGGACAGGGCACCUGUUGUGCACUAAAAUGAGAGCUUUUGUACAAGUCAAUGGCAUCAAAAUGGAGCUGAUAACAGUGCUGGAAUCAUUUGCUGAAAUAGACUCUUGUAUUUCUUGGUAUCAUGUGCAAUAUCAAGUUUUCUGAACUGAAAGUGCCAUGUAUGCUUAAUUGUUAUUUAUCCAUGAAGUAUUUAACUGAGGAAACUUGGAAGAGGACCAAAUGUGCUUUCAUGAAAUGUCCUGAAUUUUCAACACUUGGCUUGCCUUUUGCAAAUCUCCAUUAAAAAUAGUGUGUUUGACUACUCUGAUGUGUGUUUAUCCUGUAGGGGAUCUCCCUGCACCUUCUGUACACUGGGAUUUCAUCUGGUUAGAGCUGGGACAAUCCCAUUUAUCCUUCCUGCAGGAGAAUAA